GGCGAGCUUCAUGGCCAUCUCGCACGACAUCCAGGCCAACCAGGAGGAGCACACCGGCAAGGACAAGGACGGCUACGUCUUUGACGAGAAGCGCGCCGUGUCGCCCUCGUCGCCCUCGACCGACGGCGAGAACACGCACCCGGACGCGCCGACCGAGGAGGAGAAGCGCACGCUCCGCCGCGUGCCCGGCCCGAUCAACGUUGGCGCCUUCCUCGUCGCCUACGUCGAGCUCGCCGAGCGCUUCUCGUACUACGGCUCCACGGUCGUCUUUACCAACUUCAUUCAGCGUCCUCUUCCUCCUGGCUCGACGACCGGCGCGACGACCGGCCCCGACCAGCAGGCGGGUGCCCUCGGUAUGGGCCAGCAGGCGUCUACCGGCCUGACGACGUUCAACCAGUUCUGGGUCUACGUCAUGCCUCUUGUCGGUGCCUACAUCGCCGACACGUACCUCGGCAGGUUCAGGACGAUCUGCUGGGCCAUCCUCAUCGCGUUCAUCGGUCACGUCCUCCUCGUCGCCGCCGCCGCUCCUUCUGUCAUCAAGAACCCGGACGUCGCCAUCGGCGUGUUCGCUCUCGCCAUCAUCGUCAUGGGCGCCGGUACGGGCAUGUUCAAGUCGAACGUCUCGCCCAUGAUCGCCGAGCAGGUCUCGUCGCACCCGCUCUACGUUCGCACCAACAAGGACGGCUCGAGGGUCAUCGUCGACCCGGCGCAGACGACCUCGCGCAUGUACAACUGGUUCUACAUGGCCAUCAACGUUGGCGCCCUUGCCGGACAACUCGGCAUGUCCUACGCGGCUAGGCAGCGGGGCUACUGGUUAGCGUUCCUGCUGCCCACGAUCGUGUUUGCGACGACGCCCAUCGUCAUGUGGCUCGGGCGCAACCGGUACGUCCAGACGAAGCCCUCGGGCUCGGUCCUCGGCAAGGCGAUGCGCAUCCUGUCGGUCAACUUCAAGCACGCCGGUUGGUCGCCCAAGGCGUGGUACCGCGCCGGCUUCUGGGAGCACGCCCUGCCCUCGCGCAUCCCGGCCGCCGAGCGCCCGUCGUGGAUGGUCUGGGACGACACGUUCGUUUGGGAGGUCCGCCGCGGCUUCAAGGCGUGCCAGGUGUUCGGCUUCUUCCCGCUGUACUGGCUUACGUACAACCAGAUCAACAACAACCUGACCUCGCAGGCCGCCGUCAUGAACACACACGGACUCCCGAACGAUGUACUGUCCAACCUCGACCCGUUCGCGCUCCUCAUCCUCAUCCCGAUCAUGGACCUGCUCGUCUACCCUGCCCUCCGUCGCGCCGGCAUCAACUUCUCGCCGGUCAAGAAGAUCUUUGCCGGCUUUGCGUGCGGCGCGCUCGCCAUGAUGUGCGCCGCCCUCGUCCAGCACGAGAUCUACAAGCGCUCGGCGUGCGGCAACGAGGCCGCCACGUGCGAGGUCGAGCCGUUCGUCCCCGACCUCAACGUCUGGAUCCAGACGCCGUCCUACAUCCUCAUCGCCCUGUCCGAGAUCUUUGCGUCGAUCGUCAGCCUCGAGUACGCCUACACCAAGGCGCCCAAGUCGAUGCGGUCCAUGGUCAUGUCGGUCGGCCUCUUCACGACGGCCAUCUCGGCGGCGCUCGGCGAGGCCUUCCUCCCGCUGUCGGAGGACCCGAACCUCGUCAUCAACUACGGCGUCAUGGCCGGCCUUGCCGCCGUCGGCGGCGUGAGCUUCUACUGCACGUUCUGGAACCUCGACAAGGAGGAGCGCUCGCUGAACGAGAUCGCGGCGGGCGAGCACAACGCCGAGGUCGCCGCUCACCGUGCGGCCGACGACUCGGCCUGAGCGUCGCAGUAGACCCACGUCGUGUUUCCCGUCCCUUAUCUCGUCGUUUCGUGUCGGUCGGUGUACUUGCAAGGUUUCUCUCUCUCAAGCC